AUGGCGUUACAGUUCGUUUUAUGGAGGAACUUAAUGUUUUUGAUGGCGCUGUUCCUUUGUAUCGCACUGGUUCGGACCGCCACCUCAAGACCGCCCUGGUUGGCGCCGGGCAGUCAGAUCUUCACGGAGUCAGCUGAAUGUCACACAGAUGACGAGUUGUUGGAUUUAUGCCAGAGAUGCGCCAAGCUUACCAAAUCAAAGCUAGCCUAUCCGGCUUGCUGCUCGAAAGAUCUUAAGGCGAGGAAAUGGUGUUCGGACUACGUGUACUUCGGUAGAGGUCAAUACGAUUUUUAAGCGUAAAUUACUUAGAUAGAGGUAUAUCGCAUCGCCCGCCACCGGAGUAG